CUUUGAAAACUCGAGAGAGCUCAAUUAAAAGACCAUGUCCGCCGUCGGGCGUCUACAGUCCUCGGUGUCCUUAUUUAAACCAAAUUCUCCAUGAAAUAGCAUUAUCCCGGGGCCCCCACAAUGGCCAGUUCGGGUGCCGUUCAGGUGAAACUGGAACUCGGUCAUCGUGCCCAGCUCCGAAAGAAACCCACCGUGGAAGGUUUUACGCACGACUGGAUGGUGGUUGUCCGCGGACCGGAGCACAGCAACAUUCAGCAUUUUGUGGAGAAAGUCGUAUUUCAUCUACACGAAAGUUUCCCGAGACCAAAAAGAGUGUGCAAGGAUCCACCAUAUAAAGUCGAAGAGUCUGGAUACGCUGGAUUUAUCUUGCCUAUUGAAGUUUACUUUAAAAAUAAGGAGGAACCAAAAAAAGUGCGCUUUGACUACGAUUUGUUCCUGCACUUGGAGGGUCACCCACCUGUCAAUCAUCUCCGCUGUGAAAAGCUCACGUUCAACAACCCUACUGAAGAGUUCUGCAGGAAGCUGCUCAAGGCGGGAGGGCAACAGGAUCCUCACAAAAGAUCUUCAGAGGACUGUAAAGUAAUGGUAAUGCAGGAGGGCGCUACUUCUCUGUUCGGGCAGCAUCUAAAGAUGCCCACAUUACCCAGCAGCUCAUUAACAUUGACUUUCUCUGAUGUGAAAAAGAGCAAGUCUUUCCCAGGGUCAAAGGACAGGUCCAAAAGCAGCAGUGCUCUUACAACCACAAACAAUAUCAGCAGCAGCUCCCUCAAACUCCACAAACCGUCUAAGGACCAUAAGGACAAGCCUUCCAAAGACUCAAAAGAGUCCAAAAGUGCCUUCAGAGAUUUCAGCAAGGACUCUGGAAAACUCUCUAAAGAUUCUAAAAAACCCAAAGAGAAUCAACCAAUUCAGGAAGAUCGCCCCAUUCCCCAAAUGGGAUUCAAGGAGCCCAAGACCACAUCGAAGGAGCAAUGUUCAUCGGAGGGUGACUUCUCAAGCUUGGGACAGAGUAAACGGCGACCUGUGUUGGACAGUGAAGGCCAUGUUACCAAAAAACGGAAAAGCAGUUUUUCAGAGAGAUCGCAGAAGCAGCAAGUGUGUCCUACCUUGCUACAACAUCACCAUUCGGAUAAAAAGGUUUUGAAAGACAAGCCGCAAGUCCGGCAUAGUAGGUUACAAAACCGUGAACAUUCAGAGAAAAGAAAACCUUCAGCAUUACCGCCCUUCCAGGAUGUGUUGGACCCGAAUGACUCGGACAUGGAUGACAACACGUUCACAAGAUCAGACUCGGAUCAGCCCAGUCCAGCCAGCUCCAGUUCGAGCUCCGGCUUUGGACGCACACACAAACGGCAAGUAUUGGGUCCUUUACGGUCGGUGAUCGCAGAUUUGCACUCAGAUGAAAUCGAAGAGGAUUCGGAAGAGGAGGACGAUAAUGACAUGGACUCGGACAUGGAGCGACCGUUGCACACGCAGAUGACACAUCGCCACCGCAGGGUGAGUUUAAGUGACGGCAGUGAUAGUGAAAAUAGUUCUGCCUCUUCACCACUGCCCCAUAAUGACCCCCAACCUCUACUGAAAACUGCCAAUAACCAGAUACUCGAGGUGAAGAGUACUAUGAAACAAGCAAAGAUGGACAAAAAUAAAAACAUUGACCGUGACAAGGCAUACUUGGAUGAGCUGGUUGAGCUUCACAGAAGACUAAUGGCACUAAGGGAAAGGCACAUAUUACAGCAGAUUGUGAACCUCAUUGAGGAAACGGGACACUUUCACAUCACAAACACUACUUUUGACUUUGACCUCUGCUCUCUGGACAAAACCACAGUUCGGAAGCUGCAAAGCUACCUGGAGACUUCUGGAUCAUCUUGAAGACUUGUGCAGCUGGCUGCCACGAGGAGGAAAAUCACACCUCCCUUUUUCCCUCCUUUUGUUUUUUCUCCUAAAUUGAAAACUUGUAAGGCAAUGGAAAGGAUCCGCUUUCAUUCCAGAGCUCCUCUCGUCUCUCGAAAGGCCUCAGAAAUCAUUAUUACAUGAGUCUGGAGAUUCUUACGCUCCACCUGGACUUCACCCAAAAAGCCUUGAUAAUCCGACAUUGCCAAAAAAUGUUCUUGCUCCAAAACAAAAUACAUUUGUGUAUAUUGUAUGAAUGUUUGAUACGUUUUUUGUGACGAAUGCAUGCUUCAACACUGCCUUACCACAUUGACUAUUUAUUGAGUAUGAGUUUCAAGUGUGUGUGUGUGUGUGUGUGUGUGUGUGUGUGUGUAAGUGCAAAUUAUAUUAAACUUGUGCAAGCACUUGAGAACAUCAUCUCAUCGGCAAUGAAACGUCUCUUAACAUCCACUGUUUUUAUGGAUCACAAGCAAUGUUUUUCAUGCUGUACAUGUAAAAUGAACGGUUUCAGAUUAUGCUGGACGGAGGAAGACUUUUAACUCUAUUAAUCAAUGAAUUGCACAUUGUCUGCAAACUCAUUUGAAAGAAGGCAGGAUCUUAAGCAAAUCCAGUGACCUCUAUCUCAAAUGUUUCUUAACGUCGUUGCAGUAGGAAAGUGUAAUGUUGAAUCCUCUAAUGUUAUUUAUUGUUUUUGGGACCACAGUUCCCAUGGCUGUUCAUUGGUUGUCCCCAAAACAGUUGGAAAAAGCCAAGUCUUAAUUGUAGUUUGGGAGUUCUUUGUUGAUCUGAGGAAAUCAAGAAGUGAUCACAGUUAACUUUUCAGUUCCAUUGUUUUUUUGUUUUUAAUUGGAUUAUUUGAUGGGCUAAUAUCAGCAUAUUGUGCAGUUGAGUUGUAGCCCUCAAGUUGUGCUUUGUGCAAAAGCAACAUCAUUCACUUUUCAUUUCCUUAUAAUGUUGAAUCAGAUAAGCCAACCAUAAAUCUAGAUAUUUUGGGAGACACGGUGAUGGUGGUGGUGGGGUUGAGAAGGGUUUAGACUAAAUAAUUGGCGCUGUGAAGUGUUUGAAUUUAUCAGAGAAUUUUUUUUAUUGUUUUUGUUGAAUGAAAAUCAUGCCUUGUACACUUUAUUAUUGUUUAUUUCCCAGAUUCAUUUUUUCAGCCCAAAAAGCUUUUAGUUUAGUUAUCAUUAUAUAACGUUUAUAUGUGUACAUAAACUUUAUAUGUGAUAAAAAAAAAAGUGAUUAUCUUUCCUUUCUUGGAAGGCACUGAACUGCUUCCAGUAGAAAGUUCGUGAUCAUGAUAUAAAUUCAAAACAGAGUCGUUGUGGAUGUGUAGUUACUGACCAGUGAACAUUUUAUCAUUGAUGUUAGGAAUGGUUUUUGUUUAAUGGACGGGAAUAGCUGGUGAAUAUACAAUCAUCUGAAUAUCCCUUGUGCUGUGCUGAAUAUCCUUUACCUAACUUGAUGUUCCUGUUAUGACCCGGCCUUUUAAAAAUUGCUUGUAA